UCCACCUCAAAAACACCCCAAAAAAGAGCAAAAACAAAACCAAAUCAGUCGAUUUUCGUUCGUCGCGGGUUUUGCAUCAAUUUUUGGAGAUUUCUCCAGCUGGCAGCUGGCCUUCUGUCUGCCUGGUGUUGUUGUGGUCUUCCCGAAACUAAUUGCAAAUAAUUGCAGUGUGCUCAUUUAAAGAUAAUCUGGUUUUUACGCACAUCAGCUGCAAUAUGUGAGAAAUUAGAAGGAGGCCCCGCAAAAUAAACAGUUAAAACGCCCAGCAGCAGCAGCAGCAGAAGUUCCAGCUUCACCAGGCAAUCUGUGACGUGUUUGUUCGGCAGCCGCCGAUAUUGGAUAACACCAUCUUCAACCAUCUACUCUCACCUCCAAAAGAGUUAUCUCGAACAAGCAAACAGAAGAAAAGUGGCCGCAGGAAAACUCAAUCGCGUGAAAAGUUACGUUUACGUGCGACUCUCCAGGCCUUAAUUAAUAGUUCGAGAAGGGGGGCGACAAAAAAUAUAAAUCUUCAAAAAAGCAGCAGAAGAAUCGACAUUGGCUAAGAGGAGCGAUGGACCCGUCCAAGCUGAAGGACCGCGCCUUCGUGGAGGAGUACUUUGCCAACAUGAACGAAAUCUCGCGCCGCAUUUCGCUGGACAUUGGCGAGAUUAAGGCCACGUACGAGCACAUCUGGGACGACCUGAGCCGGGAGGAGCAAAGCGAAAUCAUCAACGAGACGCUCAUCAAGCCGGAGCUGACGCUCAAGUACUUUGACAGCUUCUCGACGUCGGACGACUCGUUUCGGAAUAUAAUUGUGGACGAGGAUAACAGCGACGACCGGAAGGUGAAUCUGUACGAUGGCAAGUCGUUGCACACGUUCCAGUUCCAGAAGACGGGACGGAAGGUCAUCCACGACGAAAGUGUCGGGUUGUACCGGGACGAACACUCGGGACCGUUUGCUCACAAAACCAAAAGCCAAAUCAAUUUGAACAUCUUUCCGUUGGAGAAGGAGAAACCCGCCGAACCUCGGAGGGUCGAUUUGGGGAAGAAGUUGGACAAGGUCAAGUCGCCCAAGCUGGCGGACGGUGCGAAGGCAGGAAAGACCGCGACUUCAAAAAUGACCAGCAGCCAAAUUUCCUACGUGGACACCGAAAACAAUGUGGUCCUUCCGCCGGCCAAGCCGGAACCGGUCGUCGCGCCGGAAUUCCUGGCCAGCUUCAUCUGCAGCCAAAGCGGGCCGGGUGGACCGACGUUGAUCGCGGCGUCCGCCGCCGUCGCGACUUCCCUGGGCAGCGACGAAGUCGACGGUCAAUCGCUGGAGAAUCUCGGCUUCGACGACGACAAGAUCAACCUGUUUCGGCACAGCUCGCGCAGCGACAGCUUGCACCAGGCUCAGUCGUCCUCGGUAGAGGAGGACGACAAGAACUUUGACGAGCUGAACAGCUUGCUGGGCAACAGCAAGGGGUUCGACUUUCUCAACAACUGGUAAGAGGUGUGUGUGUUUUCCCCCUUUUCCCAUUCUUCCGUUAGUUUCUAUCUAGUCUCUCUAUAAGCAGUAUAGUAGCACGCAGACCCACGAACAUCAUACUCUUUAUAUAUUCUAUUAAGUAUCGUCACAUCAUCACAUCUCCCCCAUCGCGAUCGCGGGUUAGCUGUGCGUGAUUGUCGUGUGUAAGAUUAGUGCUCAUGUCUCUGUAUUAUUCACUAACAAUAAUUCAAACAGACUGAUUUUUUUGAACCAAAAAGAUAUGACGACGAAAACGAAAAUCUCCAUGAGAAAAUACCUCAAAAUUACUCAAAUUACUCCUAGGAAAUGUGCGCUCUCGCGAGAGUGCGAAUGAAAGGAAGGAGGCGAUUCACUUCGCCCUGCUUAAAACAGGAGUUUUUGUAUUGGGAAAUAUACACAGCAGUUUGCACCUAUUGAA